CAGAAAAUGAAGAUAAUUACACAAAGCUCCGGACUCUUCUUACUUCUAAUUAUUGCUCCAACACUGGCGUGUGACUUCCCACCUUCUUUGUGGUGCUCUUCCCUGGAAAUUGCCAAAACCUGCAAUGUAGAAACACAGUGUAAACAGUACUCAUACACUCCAGCAUCCCCUGUGAACCUAGCAUUAUAUUUUGAAUCGGAAUGUAAUGCGUGUAAAACUUUCAUCGCGGAACAAUUGUACAAAACCUGGAAGGAGCUGGGGUCAGAUAUCCUCAACAUAACUAUAGUGCCGUACGGAAACGCCAAGGAGAAGAAGUGGUUUGGAAAAUGGGAGUACACAUGUCAGCAUGGGCAGGACGAAUGUGCUGGCAACCUCAUAGAGACAUGUGCCAUGUACAUAAUGCAGAACUUCAGUAAUUAUUUCCCAUUUAUACACUGUAUAGAAGCUCAAAAAUGGACAGCUCCUGCUGAUGCUGCUAAAACUUGUGCAAAAAACAUGAAAAUUGAUUUGGCACCAAUCACAGAUUGUGCCAAUGGUAAACUGGGAAAUGGUUUACUACAUGAAAUGGCACUUAAAACAGCAGCUCUUAAUCCACCACAUAUGUACGUCCCUUGGAUAACAUUUAAUGGUCAACAUGAUGGAAUUUUAGAAAACAGAGCACUGAGUGACCUCCUGUCGGUGGUAUGUGACAUGUAUAAGGGUCCUAAACCUACAGCAUGCUCCAAACUGUAUAAAACGGCUGACAGAUGUUACAAAAACCCAUGAUUUAUUCAUGUGACAUUAACACGAUGAUAAAAUGUUAAGAUCUGUGAUUAUAACGGUUUAAUUUCUUAUCUUAUCCAUCUGCAAACAACAAAAUUAAUGAAAAUGGCUGACGCAGUUGAUACUUGGCAGUAAAAAUUUUACAAAGUCACUCGGCUGAUAAGAACAGACAACUUUCAAAAAAUGCUUCAUAGACAGAUUCUGUAUGAGUAAUUAUUUCUGAUUCAUGAUUAGAUAUAUAGAUAUGACUGUACCUUAUGUACAAUAAAAAUGAUAUAAUGUGACAUGUGAUGAUAGAAUGGUUAUGACCAUUGCAAGCAAUCGCACUGUUGAUAAGAAUAAAGAAUUGAUUAUGGGGUACUACUUUA